AUGCCACAUUGCCUUAUCCGUCUUGUAGACGUCUUCAUCAGACGGCGGUCUAAUCCGAAAUCUCAUUUCCGACGAAUAAUUGUAGGAAAUAGAGCGAGCCUCUGCGGCGUCGCGCUGAAAAAACCCUUGAGGGGAGGAGAUACACGCUUAUGUCCAGCGUUGAGUGGGUCCACAAAUGUCGCUAAAAGGCUGGACGUCAUUGUUUAUCCGGGCAACAUUAGGCGGUGUCCAUUCCCGGGAGUUAGAGCCGGCGGAGCUGUCCGUUAUGGGCGAUUCCGUAUAAAACUGGACUGGCGCGGGUUGUUCGUCCCCUGCAAUAACAGUUUCGACAAAUUGAGUCCGCUGACAUUGAAGCUGGCUACGACAAUGUAA